AUGAAGUUCGCCCAUGAUUUCAAAGAAACGCUCAGGCGUGAAGACUUUCCACCACACUGGAUCGACCUCGCCAUUCCUUACGGCCAGUUGAAGAAAGUUCUCAAACGCGUUGCCCGUGAAUUGAACGAUCUGGGGCUUGAUCCUGAGACUUUGCGCCAGCUUCUCGACCCGGCCGAUGAUUCGCCACUGGCCGCCAAAUACCGCCUCAAUGGUAAAGUUUAA